AUGCUCAGCAAACUUGCACGGAUUUUGCCCAAUAUUCCGAAAAUCUGCAGAAACUUGAAAGGCAAGAAGAAAAAGAAAUGCGAACGAUUUCCGUUGCUUUGCCUUCCUAGACUAAUACUGGAAAUGGUUGUGAACCAGCUGGAAUCGCCUGAUCUGCUGAAUCUGUCUAUUUGCUCUAACAGAUCUACACUGCGAGUCUGCCAAGCGUCACCGAAGAACUGUGCAGAGUCUGUCUCAAUUUAUUUGAAAAAACCAAAUCCUAGCAUCAAAAUUACGUUUUUUGGAUUCCGAAAACCACUUGAAUGGGUUUUCUGUUUUGAAGAAGAUUUUAGUCAGAAGUAUAUUCACAGAAAUUUAGUCGUGUCCGAAUAUCACUACAUUACUGCCCACCACAAAAAUAGUCCGGAACAAAUUAUGUGUCGAAAUGCGGACGUAGUGGAGGGAUUUCUGAAAAUUCUUGAAUUUUUCCUCAAAAUUUUUCCCGUUCGACUAAAAAUUGGAGUGCAACCAAAUAUCGGCGGUCUUCAAAUACUGUUCAAAUCAAAUAUUUUUGCUCAAUGUUCGGAAAUGAAGCUAACACGAAGUCUGGAAAAUCACGCCUUCAACCGACAAGAGUUAGGAGCAAUUUUUAAGAAAAUCAAAGUAUUAGACAAACUGGAAGUUAUUGCUCACGCGGAUUAUGUAAUCCGACAAGCAUUCAUCGUCGACCAUGUUACACUGGCUCACGCAACAUGGAUGUGUGAACAUGAUCUGUUCCGAUUAAAUUGUCGAAGUGCAAGAUUCCUGAAUCACACUUUUCAACUGGAUGAUAUCGAGGACUUGGCUCUGCAAUGGCUUGCAAAACCAUACACUCCACGAUUAGAAAGAAUGGAAUUCGAGUGGGAUCCUCUAGUGGAAAUUCAGUUUUUCACACUGGAAACAACGAAGUGGGACAAAAACAAAAGAUCCAGAUGUUGCUAUCGUCGAACGAGGCAUUUCUCUACCUUGAUCUUCUAUGUUUGGCAUGAUCGAUUUCCAACAAGAAAUCAGCAAAAUCGGCUGAAAAAACGGUUGAACGAGUUGCAAGUACAACAACGCGACAUCAAUCGACGACUUGGUGACGGGAAUGAUUUUGAGCAAAGCUUGACUAAUCCAAAUCUAUCAGCGGCAACGUUUGAAAAUUACAUGAUUCAAGCUUACAAUCUACGAAAACCGCGUGGAAGUUCCAAAAAACUGGAGGAAUGGUACAAGUUCCAUUGCGAAAUUCUUGAUGUGAAAAAGCAAAUUGAAAGUUUGGAAUGA